UAAUAAUAAUAGAGAUCCCUACAUGCCUAUAUAAAUAUUAGCUAAUUUGCCAUUUCAAAAUUCAUAUUUCAAACAAUUUUUAACCUAUGGCAAGUGUAUUUUCCUUCUCAAUAAAUGGUUCAACAAGUCUAUACACACCAAAUAUACGUUCAUCAUCAUCAUUUUACAAACCAAUAGUAGCUAAAUUGGGCCCAAAUCAAUCUUAUUGGGCCUCCAUUGAAGCAGAUAUUGAAGCCCAUCUUAAGAAGGCCAUCACAAUUAGGCCUACUGAACCAGUGUUCGAGCCCAUGCAUUAUUUGAUUUUUUCAACGCCUAAGUCCACUGCGCCCGCGUUGUGCGUCGCAGCGUGCGAGCUGGUGGGUGGUGAUAGAGCCGAAGCCAUGCAUGCAGCAUCAGCAAUACAUCUCAUGCAUGUCGCGGCUUACACCCACCAGCACAUGCAAGUUGGGCCCGGGCCCGUAGUUGGACGUGAGUUAGGCCAGAACAGUAAGCCUGGUGUUGGGUUGCAAUAUAAAGAAUUGGGCCUGGCCCGUAUUAAUGAGCCCAAGAUUGUACACAAGUACGGCCCGAAUAUGGAGCUACUCACGGGAGAUGGGAUCAUGCCCCUUGCUAUUGAGUUGCUAGCUAAUGCCAUGAGCCCGGCCCGAAAAAAUUCAGACAAGAUCCUGAGGGUCAUUACUGAGGUGACACACGCUAUGGGAUCGAAAGGGCUAGUAGAUGGCCUAUAUAGGGAGGUAGAAUGGACUCGAUCGGGCGACGGAAACGAGGAACUAUUCGAUUACGUGUGUAAGAAGAAAGAAGGGGAGAUUCAUGCAUGUGGAGCUACUUGUGGUGCAAUUUUAGGUGAUGGAAAUGAUGAAGAAAUAGAAAGGUUAAAGAAAUAUGGGCUUUAUGUUGGAAUGAUACAAGGGAUAAUAAAUGGAUCAAUAGGAAGAAAUUAUAAUAAAAAAAGAAUGGAGAAAAAAGUGGAAGAAUUGAGAGUAUUGGCCAUGAAGGAAUUGAAUGCAAAUUUCAAAGGGAAAAAAGUAGUCGGGCAAAUUGCUAGUCUUAUUGAAGACUUUGGUGUCUCUAUCAAAUUGUGAUCAUAUUGUUUAAAAAGAAAAUUUUAGCAGCUCAAUUGAUCGACUAUAAAUUAUAGGUGAAAGUUCGAUUUCGUGUAAUCAUAAAAGAAAAUCUUGUUUAGAUUUUAAGUGAACAACAUAUUUAGUAACUUGUUAGGCCAA